UGCCGCUGUGCUAGGAUGCAUGGCACUAUAUUUCACCCACGACGCAGCUAGCGUGAUACCGCGCGUGUAGGCAUUCUACGAGCAGCUCGGUCUUGUCGUUGGAGAGAUGAAGAAGAACACCAUGAGGGAUUUCUUGGGUUUCUUGUUCGGAGUAGCUGCCGCGGCGGCCUGCUUCGGCCUGCUCCUGCUGCAUGUUCCAUGCCCCCGUGGCCUCUUGCCCGCACAGCAAGGCCUCAUCAUCUUGGGUAGGAGUACUACUAACGGAACAAACGCUGAUCCCACUCCCAGCACCAAGAAACCUGGCAUCGCCCCUGCUCCAGCUCCAGGUGACGACAAGCUGGAGGCGCUGCUGAGGCGAGCGUCCAUGGCCGACCUUGACAAGACCGUCAUACUAACCUUCGCGAGCCAAGCGUGGACGGCUCCGGGCUCACUCCAGGACCUCUUGCUCCAGAGCUUCCGCCUGGGCGUGGGGACGGAGCCCCUUCUCAAGCACUUGGUCAUCGUCGCCGACGGCGCCAAGGCGUACGAACAGUGCCAGCUCGUGCACCCGCUCUGCUACCACCUCGAAGCCGGCGGCGUCGACUACGCCGCACAGCAAUCGUACAUGGCCAAGGGCUACCUCGAGAUCGUGUGGCGCAAGUUCCUGUCCCAGGCCCGGGUCCUCAACCUCGGCUACAGCUUCGUCUUCACCGACAUGGACAUCAUCUGGCUGCGGAACCCGCUGCUGCGCAUCCCCAUCGGCGCCGACCUGGCCAUGUCGUGCGACAAGUACUACGGCGACAACCCCUACGACCUCGACAAGCUGGCCAACACCGGGUUCAUGUACGUGAAGGCGAGCCCCAGGAUGGUGGCCUUCUACGAGAGCUGGUACAAGGCGCGGCUGUCCUACCGGUACACGCACGAGCAGUAUGUGUUCCAGCAGGUGAAGGACAAGCUGCCGGCGCAGCACGGCAUACGGGUGCAGUUCGUGGACACGGCGUACUUCACCGGCUUCUGUCAGCUACGCAAGGAUUUUAACAAGGUAUGCACGGUGCAUGCGAACUGCCUCGUCGGGCUCAAGUCCAAGCAGGAGAAGCUCACUCAAGUCUUAGACGAGUGGAAGGAGUUCAAGAAGAAGGCUGCUUUGCUAGGCAGCAAUACCACUACUGCCCUAACUCACUGAACAAUUAACAUCUUCACUGGGGGCGGAUCUAUCUAGGAAAAGUGUAGUUGUUUAAAGCCAUUCUACGUUUUUAAACAUAUAUAGAUGAAUAAUUCAAAAUACAGCAUAAGAUGCAAUUUUUCAAUACAAAUAAACUAAUAGUUCUUCUGUGGCGCCAAUUAUUCUUACCUUUAGUCCAAGUUAGUGUUGGGUCCUUCUUGCUGUUUUCUUUUUCUUUUAUGGUUUUCAUUUUUUAAUAUUUUCUUUCCUUAUUCAAUUCAUAUCAUUUUAAAACAAAAUUUAUUUGUAUUCUAUACAAUUACCGGAUCUCCAUACA